AUGUCUACACCACUCGUUCCACCGCGUCCGCAGCGAAAUCAAGCCGGGCAGGCGGCUCCUCCCAAACGCGAUCUGCCCUCGAUUCCUCCCAGGCCGUCUCGCAAGAACGACCGCUCGCAAUCGCGCGAAUCCUACGCUCGCUCUCCACUCUAUGGCCCACCCGUGUCAUUAAGCAACAAGCCGGCACAGCCUUCAAAUGGCCGCUCGAGUGCUGAGCUGCCGCGCAGGCCACCGAGUGUCUCGCUCCCAGACGUCGGUCACGAGGGCGAAGAAUACUCGAGCUUCGAUCAGCUUCCACCCGAUGCGCAUGGCGUCUCUGUAGAAGCCGCGAAUGGCGAGCAGACCAAGAACGUGUCUGCCGAUCUCCCCAUGCAUCAGCCCAAGGCCAGCGUGCCGCAGUCCACCGCCAAGAGACAGAUCGAGGGCGUCACGGGUACCGACUCUACACAGGCAGCGGGACUCGGCAUUGGAAGGUCCAAGCCAGCGGACGACGUACACAAGAUGCCUCCCGGCGACUUGGGCACGUCUUCGCCAUUGAGUCGCGUGACCAGCCAAACACAGUCUGGUCAUGCUGCCAGGCGUGCUCCUUCGACCGACCACACUCGUUCCACGCCAAAUCUACUCGAACGCACGACUUCUCGCCCCGCCAGCAUCUUCGGCGACGAAGACGAGCACGGCAUUCCGACAAUCGGCCAGCAGGUGCCGUUGUUGGCCAUGGCUGGAGAUGUCCAGGCCCCAUCCCCGGGUCCAGGCUACGCACAGCACACACCAGGCAUUGGCUUCUUCAACGACGGCUCAACGCGAGCUCACCACAGGAAGCGAAGCUCCAGGCAUGAGUUUGGUCCACCAGAUAGCUACGGCAUUCGUCACGACCAUGACCAUCAAGAUCAGUUCGAGAAGGAGUGGGUCAGGAAACACCCCCAGGAAGCAAUGAAGGAGGAGCAUCAUUUGCAUGUAUACAAGCCGGAGACGGCGUUGAGCAGCGAACAGCUGAACCGAUUGGUGCACAGCGACAGUGCGACGGCCGCGACUCCCGGCACACCGGAUGAGCACGAAGCUGAGCAGUACCUUGAGCGCGCUUCCUCCACUCAGCCAUAUGAGACGAAAAACGAGCCAGCAUCCCCACUUCGCAAAGGCAGUUUCCCCUUCAACGAGAAGAAUCGCCUGCAUCCUGACGAUGCGGUCGAGGCCGAGGCACCGCGCCGUUCGAGCAAAUCCUACGGUUACGAUUCGGACCACGAGCAUGAGCACGCAGACGGCACACCAAUCUUGGCUCGCGAUGAGCUCGUGAAGAGACCUAGUAGUGCCUUCAUGCACGCUGCAGUAACUCCCGAUCCCGAUCACAACAUCGAUGAUGGUUACUACUACGACAGUGAUACUGCACGCAGUCGUCGAGGCAGUCAUGGCAACAGCCGCCCAUCGAGCAGACCUGGUAGUGUCCAUGGAGCCAGUGCUCUGCAAGGCUAUUCCGGCGGCUCAUUGCACCGCUUUGUGUCUCGCGAAGAGGAACAUCACUCUGGCAUGGGCACCCCUCUUGAGGAGAUCGAGGAGUACGAGCCUCUGUUCCCAGAAGAUGAGCAAAACUGUGGUAGCCCGAAGAAGCAGUUCAAGAAGCGACCAGAGCUUGCACAACAUCACUUCCCCAGCCAAGAUGUCUGGGAAGAUACCCCAUCCUCGCUACAGUACUCUACCACUGUCUCGACUCCGGAUUUGGAGAGGACUAGGGAAGAGAUCGAUGCAGCUCGCGAGGCGCGACCAUCGACCACUUUCGAGACACUCGAAGAGGAGCAGAAGCGCCGUAGGCAAGCGGAAAAAGAGCACGACAUGACGAGCGAUUCCAAGACGUUUAUCAAGCCACACUUCAAGCCUGGUGUUGCUAAUGAGUUGCACCGACCCAGCACGCAUCGCUUCCCAAGCUCGGAUGUGUGGGAAGACUCUCCGGACAGCUUCACGCUCGUCAACACCACCACUGUCAACGCAUCACAGGAGGAACUCAUGAGCCCACCGGGCGAUGACGAUGCUGCGAGACCUCAAAUUCCAGCUCGUCCACAGAAAAGCGCAAAACGUACCGAAGAGGUAUCACCUUCUGAUAUCAGGUCACCACCUUCACCCGAAAAGAUCAAGCCCGCCAUACCGGCCCGGCCACAGCGUACAGCUCGGUCAGAGCAGACAGACGGCGCUGAGGGAACUUCUUCGAGAGACGCCCCGCCUGUGAAGGCGAAACCACCCGUUCCAGCACGACCGGGAGGUGAGAAGAUCGCAGCUUUGAAGUCUGGCUUCAUGAGUGAUUUGAACAAUCGUCUCAAGCUCGGACCACAAGCACUACCAAAGAAGGAGCCAGAGCCUGAAGCUGAGGAGGAGCCAAAGGCGCCGUUAGCAGACGCUCGCAAGACUCGCGCACGUGGGCCCGCUCGACGUGCCCCGGCCAAGUCGGCCGUCGCUGAUCGCAAGUCUUCGAUCACCUUCGCGUUUUCACCACUGAUUCAUUGCUGGUCUAUUGAUGAGUCUGACGAGCUUAAUGUCCAAAAAGAGGAGGAGGAGCACCACGACGAGUCUAAUAAGGAAAACGUACCUGAAGCGGAAGUCGAAACUGCUCAGGAUGCGCCGGAAGCAGAGAAGACACUUUCCCAGAACGAGCGCAAUAACACCGAGUCGUCAGCACCUGCGGAAGACAUUGCGAAACAGAUCAGCAGUUCUGAAGAGCCCUGGAAGGUAGCCAAGGAGCAUCGAGGCUCUGAGUCGGAACUCAAAGCUGCUCUUGCUGCCGCCGGCGCCGCGCCACGGUCUUUCUCGAACUCGGAUGAGCAAGGCACGGUCAUGCCGGGCGGUCUUCCGUCAGUCGAUGAAGCCUUCAACGCAUCGCAGGCUGAUGAAUUGGCUGUCACCGAGGAGACGAUGGAAGAGGAACGGGAAAGAAAAGACACCGCGGUCCAGACUGGUGAAGUGAAUCUCAAGACGACCCAGCCAUCCGGUCAGACCGAAGAGCAGAAGGUGUACGUUGGAGGCAAGGCUGCGGACGAGGGCAAUGUCGUUGUUGGCCAGGAUGGCGCUGAGAAAGCGUAG